AUGAUUAAUUAACAGCCAAUUGAGGAUUUGGAUUCUGAUGAUAUUGAUGUCAUUUUUAGAAGAAUCAAAAUAAUAUUCUUUUUUAGUUUAUUGCAAUUAAAUGUUUCAGGAGGAUUGAUAUACUUACAUCUAGGCUUCAUUUAUUAUAUGAUAAUUGAUGGAAUUGCAAUAGUUUAUUCAAUCUUGUUGUAAGCCAUCCUAUAUAAAUUAGAGAAUGUAUUGGUCCUAUGAUUAAAAUAGAAAAACUAUUUAAGCAUAAUAACAACAUAUAGAAACUACAAACAAUUUCUUAACUAGAUUUUAAUUAGUUUUUAGUGUUACUUUGACAACAGUCUUUAUAUAUGAAUUUAUGGGAUUUCUACUAAUAACAAUCUAAGAGUAAACUAUUCAAGACUUAUUUAUUUUCUUAAUAAUAAUUGGAUUUCUACUCUAAAUUUUAAUCUAAAUUGUAAUUUUGUUAACCAAUAGUUACUUCUGUAAAUCACCAAAUGUAUUAAGAUUAUCAAUAUAUUUUUAAAGGUAUAUAUGAAUAAUAAUAUUAUUUAAGUCUUACACUUUCUCUAUUGAUAUUUUUAAGUUGGAUUAGAAUAUAUUAGGUGUAAGAAUUACCUAAAUAACUAUAAACAGCUGAUUAUUGGAUAGAAUGGAAUACAUUACUCUAAUUACCAACUCUUUUAUUUUUGGCUAUAUCAAUCUUAUUCAAUUAUUUAGGUAAUAAAAAAGCUUAUAAUAUUUUGGGAACUAUAUUUUUGCUAUUAUCAAUACUGCACACAGUCUUUGGUUGUUUAGUUAUUAGAAAUGCAUAAUAUUGGGUUCCAGUAAAUGAUUAAUUGCCUUUAAGAGCAUUACAUAAUGAUAUUAUUUAAGAUUUGGGUUGUACAAAAUAUAUCAAAAAUGAUGAAUGUCCAUUAUUGUAUCAAGUUGAGGCAUGGGAAUAGAAUAAUUAAUUGAAAUGUGUAUCUAAGGAUUGUGAAGAAAAAGCGAUUAAUUAUAUCAAGAAUCUAAAUUUACAAUUGGGUUUAGUGUUUCUUUUUGAAGCUACAUUACUUUUUAUGAAUACAUAUGCUAUGUAUACAAUUUCAGUCAAAUAUUAAAUAAAUAAAUUACUUAAUCCUCUAACUUAGAAGAUUAUUAUUGGCAUAUUCUUUUUAACAAUAAUUAUUGGGAUUGUUUGUUUAGAGUCAAUACCAUAACCCAAAAUUUAGACUUAACCUUCUAUGGAUUAUUUAAUUGAAUCAGAUAUGUUACCUGAAUUUGAUUAAAUUAAUUUUAUUUAAAUUCCAAAUAGUUUUAAUAUAUCAGAUUGUUAAAUUGUCAAAAACAUAUAAAAAAUUAAUGAAUUUCAAGCAAUUAAUUGUGAUACAAAUUGCGAAUAAGAAUAAUUCAUUAUUUCAUUGACAAGUUAAAAUAGUUUAUUUAAAUAAUUAGAACCUAAUUCAGUAAAAACGUUUAAUUAAGAAUUUACAAAUCAAUAUUUCAACAAAAAUGAUAUGCAACAAUAAAUUGUAAUUAAAGGAAAUAAAAAUGAAGUUAUUGAAGGGAUUAAUCAUAUAUAAGUUUGUUCUGAUAAUUCUUAAAUAUAAAUGGAAUUUUCUAUUUAUUAGGUUAAAGAAUAAAAAAGUAGAUUACUUUAAAGUAAUUCAUAAUAAUAAUAAAAUAAGUUAUUAAAUGUUGAAUUAAAAUUCAUAGAUAUAUUAAGCAAUAGAUUAAUUCGAAAAGGAACAUUAAGAGUGUAUAAAGAAUUCAUAUAAUGUUCUCACAUAAAAAAUUAACCAUAUUUUGAAUAAUCUAUUAAUGAUGAUAAUGUUAUAUAUAAUGUCAAAAAAGGUUCAUAUUUAACUAUUCUAUUUUAAAAUGAAAAAUAUUUUGAUUAUUGUGGAAAUUUCUAAGUUUUAGAAAAGCAAUUAACUAUAAAUGCUUUUAGAUUAAAUAACAAUAAAUUUAAUAUAAUAGUUAAGUGGUAGGAUGAAUAAGAAUUACCAGUUUACUUAAUUGCUAAUCAAAAAAUCGGAAAACAUAUUAAUUGUUAAGUUGGUGGUUAUUUCACUGGGUGUUCACAUAUCAAAAGCAAAUAAAACAAGAAUUGUAAGAAUUAGUUAAUAUUAUUAGAUUCUUUACUUUAAUUUUAAGAAUAUUUGAAUAAUGCUAUUAUAUUCUUGUAAGAUUAUUAAGUAGAUAAUUAUAAUUCUUUAGAUUUAUCUAUAAAUAUAUAUUAUAAUGGUGUCUCAUAUACAAGAUAUAUAAAUUAUUAAAGAUCAUAAAUCUUAAAAAUAUUAUGCAUUGAUAAUCAUGGUGAUUUUAAAAUUAUUUAAGAUAUUGAUAAUAAUAAUUUAUACCCAAAGACUUGUUGA